GCAUUUUAGUAUCCAUAAGGAGUUGCUGGGAAGAUAUUUCGGAAGGGGAAGAGAAUAUAUUAGUACUACGACGUCGUUGGUAGUAGCGGUUAUGCCGUUAAUCGUCUCUUCCAAGUAGCCAAGAGACUCCACACUUCUGAAAUUCUUCAGUUUUAUGAAACAAGGCGCAGAAUUAAAGGUUCCAUUAAAGUUGUAUAGGUAACUUUAUUACUUACAUUCACAAGUCUUAUCGGAAUACGCAUAGAGAGUAUCAGGGUGGGGCUGGUCAAGAUUUGAGCACGGUGAGGUCUCAGGUUCAAUUUGCAACAUAGAUAUAAAAUACUGAGGAAUUUUUUCUCAUUUGUUCUUAUUUUAGUGAACAGAGUUACCUGUUGCAUGAAAUUACAAAAGUUGGUCCGGAUAGCACAGGCAUCAAAAUAAUAAUUAAAAAAAAACACAAAAAAGUUUUCCUUUUGCUUUAAUAUUACUUGGAAGAAAUUCCUUAGUGGCUGAAUAUUCUAUGUAUGGUGAAGGACACAUUUUAAUGAUUUAUGAAGAUUUCUCGAAACAAGCGCAGACUUAUCGCCAAAUGCCAACUGGCUCCUUUGGGGUUAUAGAGCAUUGGCAUUGAUUCGUAAACUGUAGGCAAUAGUUUGAAGUUGUGUAUCCAGCAAUAGUUGAAGGCACUUAAUUUCUGUAUCGACCUGUCUGAAGUCUUCCUUAUAACUAUGUGCUUAUUGUUGAUGAUGAAGCAGGUGCUUGAUUAGAUGCCCUUUGUGUUCUCCUAGUUAAAUUUUGAUUGCUCUUGGGAUCUUGGACAUAUUACAGUCUUGAAAGAGUUCCCAAUCAAAGCUUUGGCCAUGUCUGGAACUUCCUUUUUCUCCAGUCCACCACUAUACACUACUAGUACUACCAAGUACAGCCAUAGCCCGUCACCUGACAGACUUAAAUUCUUGAUAGACAAAACAAAAAACAUCAGACAGCUUCUACAGAUUCAUGCAUUUCUUAUUCGCAAUGGUCUGGAGAGUGACCCAGUCUUGAAUUUUAGGCUCCAGCAAUCAUACUCUUCCCUUGGACACCUCCAACAUUCUGUUACUGUAUUUAAGCGCACUCAUAGUCCAACUGUGUUCUCUUACACUGCCAUUAUCCAUAAUCAUGUGAUCAAUGAUCUCUACGAACAAGCCUUUGUCUUAUAUAUCCAAAUGCUAACACACAAUAUUGAGCCUAAUGCAUUUACAUUUUCUUCCAUGCUUAAAACUUGCCCACUUGAAUCAGGAAAAACCCUUCAUUGUCAAGCCCUAAAACUCGGAUAUGAAUCUGACACAUAUGUUCGAACUGCUCUUGUGGAUGUCUAUGCAAGAGGCAGUGACAUUGUGUCAGCUCGCAAACUUUUUGACACUAUGACUGAAAGGUCCUUGGUGUCUUUGACAACAAUGAUUACUGGAUAUGCAAAGAAUGGGCACAUCCAAGAAGCAGGAGUGUUGUUCGAAGGGAUGGAAGACAGGGAUGUUGUUUGUUGGAAUGCCAUGAUUGACGGGUAUAGCCAACAUGGUAGACCUAAUGAAGCUUUGGUUCUUUUUAGGAAGAUGUUACUGUCAAAAGUUAAACCUAAUGAAGUAACCGUGGUGGCUGCUCUUUCUGCUUGUGCGCAAAUGGGAGUACUGGAAUCAGGUCGGUGGAUUCAUGCUUAUGUGAAAAGUAACAGAAUUCAAAUAAAUAAACAUGUAGGUACUGCUUUUAUUGACAUGUAUAGCAAGUCUGGGAGUUUAGAGGAUGCAAGAAUGGUGUUUGAUCAGAUGAGAGAUAAGGAUGUCAUAACAUGGAAUUCGAUGAUUGUAGGAUAUGCAAUGCAUGGAUUUAGCCUUGAAGCUUUGCAGCUGUUCAAUGAGAUGUGUAAGUUGGGUCUCCAACCUACAGAUAUAACGUUUAUUGGUAUUUUAAGUGCUUGUGCUAAUGCUGGAUUGCUCUCUGAAGGGUGGACUUAUUUUCAGUUAAUGGAGAAGUAUUUAAUUGAGCCAAAGAUUGAGCACUAUGGUUGCAUGGUGAAUCUUCUUGGACGAGCUGGACAGCUAGAAAAAGCUUAUGAAUUUGUCAAAAGUAUGAAGAUUGAUUCGGAUCCUAUUUUAUGGGGAACUCUACUGACUGCUUGUAGGAUUCAUGGGGAUGUAAGGCUUGCAGAGAAAAUUAUGGAGUUCCUAGUCGAACAGGAUCUUGCUACUUCAGGAACUUAUGUUCUGCUAUCCAACAUAUAUGCUGCUUCUGGUGAUUGGGACGGGGUGGCAAAGGUGAGGGCAUUGAUGAAAAGAAGCGGGGUUGACAAGGAACCUGGCUGUAGCUCCAUUGAGGUAAACAAUAAAGUGCACGAGUUCCUUGCGGGUGAUAUGAAGCAUCCCAAAAGCAAAGAAAUUUACAUAAUGCUGGAGGAGGUGAACAAGUUGCUCGAGGCUCAUGGGUACUUGCCGCAGACUGAUAUAGUCUUGCAUAAUCUUGGGGAAGUAGAGAAACAGCAAGCACUUGCGGUUCAUAGUGAAAGGCUAGCCAUUGCUUAUGGACUAAUUAGUACUCAGGCAGGAACUACAAUCAAGAUUGUCAAGAAUCUACGUGUUUGUCCAGAUUGUCAUGCUGUCACAAAGCUCAUUUCAAAAAUCACAGGACGCAAAAUCAUUGUUAGGGACCGGAAUCGCUUUCAUCAUUUUGUAGACGGUUCAUGUUCUUGUGGUGAUUUCUGGUAGAACUUUUAGCACAUGUUAACAAGCAGGCAUGCAGAGUGUUCUAUAAGCAUCGCAUUGUACCAUGGUACCUGUCGUAGCUUGAUGACAUCCUCAUACGGUGUCAUACUCGACAGGAGCUUAUACAGUUGAAACUGACUACCUUUCCAACUAUCAAAGAAAGAGCCGGAGGUGAGAUUUCAUUGCCAUCUUCCCAAAAGCAAUCGCGAUUACAAACUAAUAUCUGACAACUAAAGUGCUUCAGAUACCACCAAUCUGUGGAAGAUGCAACAACUUGUUGAGCAUUGUGUGCUUCACAGAAAUGCUUCAAAACAGGUGUGCGAUUUCUUUUUCAGUCAUUGAGGUUUAUGUACAGAAUCACUUCCAUAGCCCUUUUUGUCAAGAAUCUGAUGGUGUAUCAGCUGCUAUGUUUAGCAUAUUUUCCAGUGCACUAGGUUGCAAAAUAUGGAAGAAACAAGCGUUUCGCGUAAUCAGAAAGUGACAUAAAUAUUAGCUCCAUUUCAUCUGGAAAAAGAUAAUCUAUUUUCUCAUCUUUGCAUUUUGAUUCAGUAGUGUUCCAUUUUGUAGGAGGAAAGCUACCAAACAUUGAUAGCUCUCAGGUAGAGCAUUAGAACGGAAAUAUCCAUUAGAUAUAUCGAUGCUAGGUCAUCCCUGUUCCUUUGUAGUUUGAAAAUGGUAUUAUUCACAGAAGUUGCAAUGAGAGACAUUUUUUAGAUCACAAAAUUCAAAAGAAUCGCUUCCAUUUUUUGA